GCACGCAGUAAUAAAACCAAUUGCUUACUUUUUACACGUUUUCUUACAAACUGGACGUUUUUUUGUGACUUUUGUAUUGUAUUGAAAUAAUAUUUUCUUAGCAAUCAAAUACAAAUGUGUGAUAAAAUUAAUUGGAACACGUGAAACAGUUUGUGAUGUGAAUAAGAUUACAUCAUAAGACGUCACCAUGUGGUACCUCCUACUCCUCCUUCUGCCAGGAGUGAGGAUGCAGGAUGACGACCUGUCUCCAAAGGACCACCACUACAGACUCCCAUUCAAUGCUGUUCAGUUUGUGGAACACAAAUCUUCAAAAAACGGCCCCAUACUAUUCCCAAACGAUGCACCACCACCGCCACCAACACCGCUAAUAGUGACAUCUCGACCCCUCAUCGAAUCCAUUGCCAGGAGCGAGCUGAACCCUAACAACAGCGUAGCAGCCCAAUCCCAGUUCCACCAGGUCCAAUACAAACCUGACUACCUAACCAGGACCAGGACUUACACGCCCUACACCAAUGGGGUCUCCUCGACCCCAGUGUAUGACUAUAGACCCCCUAAUGUGUAUAUUGUGACCACAGCAAGACCUGAGAAAGAGAACUUUUAUAAGGAAUAUGAGCGUAAUAGUACAAAAAAACGUAUGAUGGAAUUUUUUCAACCGAAAAAGAACGAAACUAGACGAAGAAAUCUUUGGGAACAUCCUAUUUACCGCCGGACUACCGAACAACAGUCCCGAAGAAUGAACAACGCAAGGAAAGCUAAUUUUGAUGAUGACGUCAAAGGCAAGCAAAUCAAGGUGUUACAUAGUUCGUUAUACAGCAGAGAAGCUGAAUAUAACGAAGUCGCUGAUCAUCAUGAAAAUCAGGAGGAACACAAUAUGAUUGAUAUCGAUGCAAGCGAUAGCCUUCGACAAAAACGUUCAACUGCAGAAGAGGACGAUUCAAAAGCAUCAUACUUCAACUUUAACAAAGAAACUAUAAAUAGUAAAUUAUACGACAACAGCAAAGAAACACAAGCAAAACCUUUGCUCAGCGUGAAGACAUUUAAUCAAAACGAUAGAGAAAUCUUCGCCACAUCAACUGAAAGUCAAACAAAAUACAGGAACCGCAGAAACCAACCAUACAGUCAUGAAGUUUCCAGCCAAGAAAAAUCAUCUGACUCCAGUCUAUUUAGCCUUAAUCUAGGUAAUAAACAAAAAAAUCGUCCAGUAGUUAAACUACGACAGGUGGUUAAUAUACAAAAGCAUAAGUCAGAUACUAAUCAAGCCUACAACGAUGAAGUUAUGGCACGUGCACGUAAUAAUAUGCGCACACAAACAAACAAACAAUCGGGAAGUGGAGAAUGGGAAAGACAUGGGGAAAAUGAAGCCAUGUUGCCUCAAAGAAGACCCGUAUAUAAAUCAGAGAGAGACAGUGACCAAUAUAAAGAUAAGGAAGUCAACCCACCACCACGAGAUGAUGAAAUGAAGGAAUUGCUUAGCACCGAACAGAAGGACAAACCCGACAAUUUCUUUGAUAAAAUUGGCAGUACAACGUAUCAUGAGAAAGAAAUAAAUCCACAGAAUGAAGCUUUGAAAAAAAUUGGAAGGGGCAAAAAGCCUAAAGUCGUCAGGACUUAUCAAUUUGGAAAAAGUAAACGUCGAGAUCAAGAACAUAUACCUACUCGUAAAAUGAGCAAUGUUAAAUACCAGGACCAAUCUUCUGAACAUCUUAAUUAUGGAGGUGGACCUGGACCAGAAAACAGCAAGGAAUAUAAUCAUGGCGAAAAUUACGCUUUUUCCUACACAGUAAAAGACCACAAGACUGGCGACGACUUCUCACACUCCCAACAAAGCACAGGAUCAGCCACAAACGGGGAAUACAGAGUUCGACUCCCAGACGGACGCAUGCAAAUAGUGUCUUACACUGCAGAUGAGAACGGAUAUAAUGCUAAAGUAAGAUAUGAUGAACAUACUACACCAGAUAAUAAUUUAGAUGUAGAUGUUACUAAAGGAAACGUGUAUCAUCCUCCAACACCAAUCACGUAUAAACAUCUCGACAAAGUAUAUACUGACAAUAACAAGGAUUCCUUCGAAAACGAUGAGUAUAUACGCCAAAGAUACAACGAUGACAAAAUUGUAAAGAGCUCCGUCGCAGCAGAACGUCCAGUUUUCAACGACAUUGCACAGAAUUACUACGGACCAAAACAAAAUGAUUUCCAAAACUUCAAACCGCAUUACGAAACAACAAAAUCUGUGAACAAAGAUCGUGCGGACGACUUAACAGACACCAACAAUGAAUUCUUAAAACAUUUCCAUCAGAAAUUGGCAGAAAGAAAUAAACUACAGAGAACUAAAGACGAAGACUAUUUCAAAUUCUCUCAAGAAAUAGCAGAUUACUCGUCUGAAUUAGGAUUACAUGGUAAUAAGAAACAUAAGGCUAAAUAUGCAGAUUUUGAAAGUCCUAGUGAAGGUGAAGCCAAUGGUAAAGUAACACCAACUUAUGAAGAAUUGAAAGAACUUUUCGCCAGUAAUGGAAAUAGACAGCAACAUGUGGUGUCUACAGCUAGGCCUUACGACGAUGUGACUGACAAUCUAGUUGUUGAAAUAACUCCUAGAAAACCAAAUCUGUAUACUAAUGUUAAUUAUUUUAAUAACCUAAUAUCCGCCACUCCAUCACCUUUCCCCUUUCCUGCUACAGCCACCACACCUAGCAGUUAUUUGUACUCUACUAUAGCUAAUUUAAAACAUAGACUUUCUGUCGGGCACAAACCUGUCCUCUCUCAUCAGUACAUUAAUAAAAUAAAUAAAUAUUUGAUGUAUAAAUAGUCGGUGUAUAUAUAAGUAAGAAAGUAUGGUGGUGUAUAUAAUUUAUUUUUGUAUAAUAAAAUUCUAGUUCAAGUU